AUGGGAUUGAACCAUUUCACAACGAUUUCCAUGCGGAGACUCUCAUUAGAGAGAGUCGCAAAGGCUGUCAAAGCCGUCAACCCUUUCAGGCUCUUGAAGCGAAGCCCACAUAGACAUCUCAACAAGGAUGUCCACUUCCAAUACGACCGUACCGCAGACGGUGUCUGGGCCCCUAGCUGUGGCCACGACAUGAAACUAUACCAUUUCGCAGGACCACAUCCCUUCAAGUAUGUUAAAUGCCAUUGCGAACGCAUACUGUGUCCCGAUGAUCGUACCUCCGAGAUCUUGACUCCAGUACCCUCACUGAAGUUGGAGGUUUACGAGGAACGUUUCGAAGGCCAGAGGAGGGUAAAAGAGAGCAGAUACUGCCAAUUAUGUCGAGCAUGCGGUCUCACACAUCGUGGAAAUAUCGGCAGAGGUCGCAUUGAGUUUCCAACAAUGCCAUGCGUCUGCGGCCAGAUCUCUAGCGAAGAGCCAAUGUACUUCUAUAUCGGCGAUAACGCUGCGUAUCAGAACGAUGCCGAUGCCGUCACGGUAGAUGUCCGCCUCACGCAAAGACUGGAUGCAUCCCAACGGUGUAAGAGCAACAGGAUUCCUCUCGCCGAUUGGGUUCCUUCAUCCCCUGGUGAGAUUCAGAAGUUUCGUCUGGCACUCGUUAAGGGAAGACCAACUCACGUCCGAGACGCUUCAAAGCCGGAGAUCAAGCGUAGUAAACGCCCCAAGCGACGAGCAGAUGAAUCCACAGCUUAUAUGUUGAAGCCAGAUCCAGAUUGGGAUGUCCGCGUCGAUGUCUCGUGGUUUCCAGAUUGA